GUCACAAAAAAUAUUCACGUUAAUCGAAAUUUUUCCGCGAACAUGCUGCUGAAUGCGUGCAAGAAGGCGUUUCGAGCGGGCGGGGUAUUCCGCAUGAGCGUACGCGGGUACGAGAUCCCGGAGUACCUGCAGAGUAUCCCGUGCGAUGACAACCCCAGCUUCUACCGCAUGGUGGAAUACUUCUACCAUCAUGCGGUCACCGUGUGCGAGCCCGCGCUCGAGGAUUACCUGAAGAGGCACACGCAUCUGUCGGAUAGGAAACGCAAGCAGCGUGUCGCGGGUAUACUCAGGGUGAUGGGAUCAUGCAACAGCACGCUGCAGUUCGAGUUCCCUCUGCAGCGCAAGAACGGCGAAUACGAGGUGGUGCGCGCUUAUCGCAGUCAGCACAGCGUUCAUCGCCUGCCGUGCAAGGGAGGUAUCCGGUACGCGCCGGGCGUGGACAUCGAGGAGGUGAAGGCGCUGGCGGCGCUCAUGACGUACAAGAACGCCUGCUCUAACAUACCCUUCGGCGGCGCCAAGGGAGGUGUGGCGAUUGACCCGAAGCAGUACAGCGUGGCCGAGCUGCAGCGCAUCACCCGCCGCUACACGCUAGAGCUCGCCAAGAAGAACUAUAUCGGAGCCGGAAUAGACGUGCCGGCACCGGACGUCAACACAUCCGGCCGGGAGAUGUCGUGGAUCGUCGACACAUACAUCAAGACUUUAGGUUUCAACGACCUGAACGCUGCUGCGUGCGUGACGGGCAAGCCGAUCAACGGCGGCGGCGUGCACGGCCGAGUGGAGGCGACCGGCCGCGGCGUCUUCAUCGCCAUAGACAUAUUCAUACACGAUCCGCAGUGGAUGAAGCUGAUUAAUCUCGAGCCUGGAUUUAAGAACAAGACAUGCGUUAUCGAGGGAUUCGGCAACGUGGGCAGCUACGCGGGUGUGUACCUGCAGGAGCGCGGCGUCAAGAUACUCGGUGUUGUGGAGUACGACUGCACACUGAAGAACCCCGACGGCAUUAACGCUAAGGAUCUAUUAGACUACAAGGCGAAGAACAAAGGCAGCGUGAAGGGUUUUCCGGGCGCUCGGGAGGUGGGCAAGGACGAUGUGAUGUACGAGCAGGUAGAUAUCCUGGUAGUGGCUGCUGUCGAGAAGACCAUCACGCCGGCCGUCGCCGCCAAACUUAAUUGCAAGAUAAUAGCAGAAGGCGCUAACGGUCCGACGCUGCCGUCAGCGGACGUGGUGCUGCAGCAGCGCGGCAUCCUGGUGCUGCCGGACCUGCUGGCCAACGCGGGCGGCGUCACCGUCUCCUACUUCGAGUUCCUCAAGAACCUCAACCACGUUAGCUUCGGCAAACUCAAUAUCAAGUUCUGGCGAGACACCAAUGUUGCGCUGCUAGAUUCCGUGGAGCGGUCGCUAAAGGAAGCCAAGAUUGACGCGAAGAUAGGCCCGACGCCUUUCUUCGCGGAUAUGAUGUCCGAGGCCAGCGAGCUCAACAUCGUCACCGCUGGCCUCGAGUUCUCCAUGGGCAACGCUUGUCGGAACGUGAUGCGGUCAGCGCAGACGCAUAGCCUGGGUCUAGACCUGCGCACGGCCGCCUACAUCACCGCCAUUGAGAAGAUCUUCGUCACGUACGACGAGCACGGCCUCGCGCUAUAAACGAAACUACUCGAUUGUUGACGUAACUACCCUAUUAUGGACGAGAUUACACAAUUGUCGACUAGAUUACUCGAUUGUUGACUAGACUACUCGAUUGACUAGACUACCGGAUUGUUGACUAGACUACCCGAUUGUAGACAAAACUACCAAGUUCUUCAAACUGUCCGAUUUUCAGCGAAUUGGAUAGAAAAAUAUUUGCAGGUCACAUUAGAGUUGACAGUGUAUCAUUGUCAAUGCAAUACUUUACUUAUUGCGUAUUUUGUGGUUGCGAUUAGCUCAAAAUUGUUUUGUAGAAUGUUAUGUAAUCUAAUGCCAACGUCAUCAGUCUAGAUGAAAUUUAAAUUCUUAGAUUUAAUAUCAUGUAUUUCUCGUUUAGCCAGCCUGAAACGAGUUGGCCCUGUGAUAUUGUUUAUGAUAUAUUUG